CGGAGAGAUCAGCGAGCGCGUGCUGGAUGCUUGCCUUACAUCAUCAACAGUUUCUGAAAACACGCCGCUCAGCCGCUGUUGUAAGUUAGUUAGCAACACGCUAAACUAUAUGAUGGAAGAUUACUGCACUCGAGUUCGUAUCUCGAAGACAUAGCGAGCUAACAGUUAAACGGAGAUACCUGCGUGUGUGAGUUAGCAGGACAGCUAAGACAUCAAACCCGGACGUUUCAUUCUUACUUUUAUUACCAGGCUUUCAGAGCGGUGGUAUACAUAUUACUAAAUAUUACUAAAAAGGAACAUAGUAAGUCCAAAGUAAGUGUGUCAUCUUGACAACUAGUGUUUAUACAGGUUGACCUCACCGAGGUGUCCUGGAGGUAAAAUGUGCUUUUAACUCAAGUGUUUUAAAGUAUGGAGCCAUGUUUGAGGUUUGUCUGUCGAGAGAGUCUCAGGAAAGUGUCGAUGAAAUGCUGGACAUGGAGAACUGUGAAGUGCUCGAGAUCACCUUUCAGACGCCCUCUUACAUCAACAUGUGGACGAACACAUUUCAGCACACCGCUGCUGAGAGCUCAGGGACACUACCUCUCCUUUCGCCAAAGAGGCACAGAUGUAUCCCAAGCAGCCCUGUCUAGUGUUGCUCCAGUGUUUGUUGUGAUGAAAUUUGAGCCUGAUGGGAGUGUGACCUCAUUUGGUGAGUUGGAUGCUUUUCACAUCCUGCUGUAUGUGAAUGUGCUGCAGAUGCGGCUCAGUGAAGUUCAGCCUCAGGUUCUGGAUUGUUUGGAAUCGUUGGUCGACCCAAAGCUCCUCUCUGCUGACCGCAGCAAACUCCAUAUGCUCCUGCUUAAUAGCAAGAACCUCUCAGAGCUGGAGACAGACAUUAAAGUGUUUAAAGACAGUCUGCUGAAGAUCCUGGAUGAGGAUGAACUGAUAGAUGAACUCUGUCUCACCAAAUGGAGCGACCCGCAAGUGUUUGAGGAGAGUAGUCUGGGUAUAGAUCACGCUGAAGAGAUGGAGUUACUGCUGGAGAAUUACUUCAUGCAAGCAGAGGAGCUGGGAAACAAAGCCAGAGAGCUGAAAGACCUCAUCGAUGAUUCUGAAAGCGUCAUCUUCAUUAACCUGGAUAGCCACCGUAAUGUCAUGAUGCGACUGAACCUCCAGCUCACCAUGGGAACCUUCUCGCUCUCUUUAUUUGGUCUGAUGGGUGUGGCUUUUGGAAUGAAUUUGGAAUCUUCCUUUGAAGAGGACCCGCGUGUAUUUUGGUUAGUGACAGGGUUCAUGUUCCUGGGCAGUGGACUCAUCUGGAGAAGACUUCUGUCUUUUCUGGGCCGGCAUUUAGAACCCAGCUCUCCACCUCCUAUUCCCCCUGUAUGGAGGAAAAACCAAAUUGGCACCUUAAAAGCAACAGACAUAAAAACCUGGAAUUAGAUGAUAGGGUGACUGCUGCUUUUUCAAUAUUUUUUUUUCCAUCCUUCUCUGUAUCUCUGACUUUUAUGCAUACUGUAUUUUCCAGUAUCAUGUGCCGCACACCUCAGCCUAACUUAAAAUUACAUUUAUCUAUUCAGGUAUAUCAUGUAGACAUUUUUAUUUUAUUAUGUGAUAUUUGUCUUGAGGUUUUGGAAUAAUCUCUGUAUUUAUUGUUGCGAAUACCAUUAACAUAAUGAAAUACAUCAGAUAGCUUUUAUUGACUGUAAAGUGUGUGUGACAUUUUCAAAGACAAAAUGAUCUGCCACUAACUCAGUUUCCCUGGUUACCCUUUAAAAAACACGUUUGUGAAUACAUAACUUUGAUAAAACAUUAAUUUGUU